AUGGUGCAGGGCGCGCUGGAGCUGCGCACCAAGGUGGUGGAGGAUGUACUGACGCCGCUGGCCGACUGCUUCAUGCUCCGGGCCGAUGCCGUGCUGGACUUUGCCACCGUCUCCGAGAUCCUCCGUUCCGGCUACACCCGCAUCCCGGUCUACGAGGGUGACCAGCGUGACAACAUUGUUGACCUGCUCUUUGUCAAGGACCUGGCCUUUGUUGACCCUGAUGACUGCACUCCCCUGCAGACCGUCACCCGCUUCUACCGCCGCCCGCUCCACUGCGUCUUCAACGACACGCGCCUCGACACGCUGCUGGAGGAGUUCAAGAAGGGAAAGUCCCACCUGGCCAUUGUGCAGCGGGUGAACAACGAAGGGGAAGGAGACCCAUUCUAUGAAGUGAUGGGCAUUGUCACACUGGAAGAUGUCAUUGAGGAGAUCAUCAAGUCCGAGAUCCUGGAUGAGACGGAUCUGUACACGGACAAUCGGAAGAAGGAGCGGGUUCACCGGGGACGCAAGCCCCAGGACUUCUCCAUCUUCAGGCUCUCAGAGAGUGAGAUGAAAGUGAAGAUCUCCCCACAGCUCCUCCUGGCUACCCAUCGGUUCAUGGCAACAGAAGUGGAGCCUUUCAAGUCCCCUUACCUCUCUGAGAAGAUCCUGCUGCGGCUCCUAAAACAUCCCAACGUCAUCCAGGAGCUCAAGUAUGACCGAAAGAACAAGAAGGCACCAGAGCAUUACCUCUUCCAGCGCAACCGCCCAGUUGACUACUUCGUCCUCAUCCUGCAGGGGAAAGUGGAGGUGGAGAUUGGCAAGGAAGGACUGCGGUUUGAGAACGGGGCAUUCACCUACUAUGGUGUCCCUGCCAUCAUGGCUCUUGUCUCCUCAGAUAACGACGUACGAAAAGUGGGCAGCCUGGCUGGAUCCUCCUUCCUAUUGAACAGGUCACCGUCACGGUGCAGCGGUCUCAACCGCUCCGAGUCCCCCAACCGGGAGGACUAUGGGGGCAGCAGCACGCAGCUCCACAGCAGCAGCAACAACAUCUACAUGCCUGACUACUCCGUGCACAUCCUCUGCGACGUGCAGUUUGUCAAGGUGACCCGGCAGCAGUACCACAAUGCACUGGUGGCCAGUCGUAUGGACAGCUCACCCCAGUCCCCCGACAUGGACACCUUCGACAGGGAUUCAACCAAGGCCUCGACCACGCGAGGGACUCCACAGACACCCAAGGAGGACCCCACCACCCUCCUGAACGAGAGGAACAGCAUCAUGUGCAGCCACUCCGAGGGGCUGCACAGUCCCAGCGAGUCGGUGUUCCUGCGCAUGGAGGGCAUCCCCUUCAUCCAGGAGGAGCUGGCUGACAAUGAGGAGAACAGCAAGCGGCAGAGUGAUGAGUGCUGCGAGACCGUCGUAGAAGCAGAGUCUCCGGACAGAGAAGCCGGGACUGGCUCAUCACCGAGCAGCUCUGAGGAGGCACUGGGCAGGAGGCUGUUGAGAUCUCUCAGUGGUCGCAAGCAGCAAACAUCAUUGGAGAGUGAGAAGACACCAGAGGAAAGCUCCAAUCUUGCCCCAUUAAUCACCUGA